AAAGCGUGGCAGUCGAUGGACUGUCACCAUCGUGCUGUCGCGUUUCUCCAUCGUACUGUCGCGCUUUCGCUAACGUACUGUCGCGCUUCGCCUUCGUUCUGUCGCGCUUCGCCCUGGUACCAUCAUACCGUCGCGCUUCAUAGGGAGCAGGCGUUGGCUCUAACAGAACACCGCAGAUUGACGAUUUUUCUUCUCUUCCGAUGUAAACAAUACAAAAAGGAAACUAAAAAUUUAAAUUCAUACAUUGGAUGUUACUCUCUUGAAGAGAGGUGCUUCAAUCAAUAUUGAAGAAAUAUAAAUGUAAAGAAGAGGAAGAAGAAUGUCGGACAGUUUCACGUACAGUGUGAAAUUAUUCUGUAAUUUAGCCAUUUUCUGCAGAUUUUUCGGCUUAUUUUCCUGUGACAACAGUGUAACAAACAGAUGUCCUGGAAACCUUCCAAAAGACAAAUAUCUACGUGUUCACGGGGACAAAUGUUACAGAUUUAUAACAAGCGAAGUUAGCUGGACAUCAGCACGUGAUCAUUGCAGACGAACAGGAGGGCAUCUAAUUUCCAUCACGAGCCGUGAUGUACAGAUUUUUGUGGAACGAACAUUGCACGAGCUUUGGUCGGAAAAUAGAAUGUGGAUUGGGGCUUAUGAGAAAGACUCGGAAAUGGGCUGGUUUUGGGAAACAGGUGAAGAGGUGCGCUCAGGAUUCCAGAAUUGGGACCGAGGACAGCCAAGCUGUUUACUUUUUUGGUGUUAUGAAGACUGCGCAUGUCUGAGGUUAGAUAAAGAUUACAAGUGGCACGGCUGCCUAUGUAACACUCCCUUGAAGCGGUACGGAUAUGCCUGCCAAUACAACUUGCUUUCUCUCCCAAAACAACGUCAACAAAGAUACACCAUCACCACCACCACAACAACAACUCCAACUACAUCAUCCCCAACUACAACAACCACAACAACAACGACCCCAACAACAACAACCACAACUAGAGUCAACAACCCCAACUACAACAAUCCCAACAACAACCCCAUCUACAACCCCAACUACAACGACCCCAACUACAACGACCUCAACAACAACCACAACUACAACAACCACAACAACAACGACCCCAACUACAACAGUAUUACCAACACGACCACGAACAAGUACACAAACUACAAGAAAGGAAUUCGAAAAAAACCCAACGAAAUAUAGGGAAACGAUAACGGUAAAGAAAACAAAAAGUACAACUAAUCCUGAACAGACAACGGAGCUUAAUGUAUCUAUGCGGGAAGUAACAGGCAGUGUGGUUGGAAUCGUUUUGUCAUGUGUUGUUUUCAUCGCCUGUCUUGCUGGUGGCGUCUUCAUCUGUAGAAGGCGAUACAGAAAGCAGAAUGUUGGAUGCAACAAUGUUUUAUUCACAGCCGCUCCUACUAAUGAAACAAGGUACAGGGUCAAGGACACAGACGUUGUAGCUGUGUCAGGUGCAUAUAAUUGCACCUCUGAUGAUGCAGACGAGCACAGCUAUGAUUGUAUUGAUGAGGGAGCGGUUGGAGGGCAAUAUGACUAUGUAGAUAACCUCCCUGUAAAGAUAUAAACAGUCCUGUAGAGGUCGCAUACGUUAAAGAGAACAUCUAUGACACUGUCACUACACACGAAGAGGCGGGGCCUGAGCAAGAUGAAGCAGGAGCUUGUGGCGAAGAUACCCCGCCGCCAUGCCCUGGAACGGAUGUUAUAAAGUUUGCUCCGGAAUUCUUGAAGAAAGACACAGAUGUAUCACAAGCAUAUUUCAAUAACUUAUAUGAAUAUAUAACAAGUUACCAUAAGGUUGAUAAAACAGGAAAGAUGGAGUUGAUGGACAGUGAGCUAAUUCAGUCAUUUUAUAGAGUAUUACAAUCCUCCAAAACUGAAGAACAAUAAUACUGUAAUGCGAAGAGUCAUAUUAUAUUUAUGAUCUGCUAAAGUGUUUGCUUCUUUUUGUACCUUUAUAGCCAUUGAAUGGAUUAACCGAAAUAUUUUCAGGAAAUAGAUUAUUAAAUAUUGUAUUUGCAAAUAUAUAUUUAUAUAACGUUCAAAGUAGUAUUGUAUCUAUUGUAAAUAUAGGUAGACUAUGUUGUUGUAGCUGGUUUACAUCUUAUUUACAUUUUAGUGAGUUCUUAGCUACAAAGUCUCAAGCGAGGAUACAAGACCAAAAGCACAAAAAGUACAAUAUCAUCAGUACUCUUUAAGUUCCAUAUUUUUUUCAAAAA